GUAUGAGCGCUGCAAGCCACGGCUUUGUUCCUUUGCUCGGGAGACGGACGCCGUCAGGGUACGUACAUGUAUCAAGGGUUCUGGCGCCGAUCACGCCCGCUGCCCUCCGUCGCUCGACGCAACUGUGCCAGCAUCUCCCCAGACCCUGAAAAUGGACUGGCAAAUGGCGACAAGUGAUUGGCGAGACAGUAGUAUCGACAAUCGUCACGAUGCUCCUCAUGAUUGCACAUCGAGGAUCCCGAAGUCUGAUACUGCCGAUCCUGGACUAGGAGUCGGAGAGGUUCAUAUACGCAGUGGUCCCAGGCGAUUGGCAUCUUGGCCUCCGCCUCCUCUCCAUUCACGCCGCGACUCGCAAUGCCCGCUGCCAGUCCAUAGACUACUAACUUGUGUUCAUUCAUACUGAAGCCAUCGGCCAUUUUCAAACGUCCAUGGUCACAAUGGGUGCCCUCGAAACAGAAAAGCACAGCCCUGAGCGGCUGGACACCAGCAACAGCAACAGCUUAUAUGACCGGUCCAGUACCGAGCCAGAUGCCUUCAACGGAGAGUUCGUGGAGGGGGAUGGCCGCCAAGCCGUGCAGAGUGAUCUAGUCGUCACGGAAGACGACCUACUGGAGGCCAAGGACUUAGCAUCGACCUUCUCGUUAGACGAGGUGCGCGAGCUCAUGCUCAACGUGCACAAACUGCACAAGCGUGAUCCCAAUUUCCCCACCUCUGUCCUCGACAAGAUCGAGGACUUCCUAGGGAACGAGGAGGUCUUUGCCAACCCGGACAAGUACGAAACUCUCAUCAGCGAGAUCAAGGUGGAGGCGGCCCUCAUCACCAACAACUCGCCAUACGCCGAGGUACGCUCCGUCGUGCCGAACCAUGACGAUCCAGACAUGCCCGUCUCGACCAUCCGAGCCUGGGUCAUUGGCAUCUUCUUCUCGGCCUUGAUCGCCUUCAUCAAUGGCUUCUUUGAGAUCCGACAGCCUGCCAUUACUGUCACGUCCAACGUGCCGCAGCUGCUGGCGUAUCCUCUCGGCAAACUCCUCGAGAAGAUCCUGCCCGACGUGGGCUUCACUCUCUUUGACGUCCGGCACAGCUUGAACCCGGGCCCCUUCAACCGCAAGGAGCACAUGCUAAUCACCCUCAUGGCCAGCAUCGCCAAGAACAGCCCUUACACCAACCACAUUGUCUGGACGCAGUACCUCUACUUUGGCCAGAAGUGGGCCUUGAGCUUCCCUUAUCAGCUUCUCAUCGCGCUGAGCACCAACUUUAUCGGGUACGGCCUGGCUGGUCUCUGCCGCCGGUUCCUGGUCUACCCGUCCUUCUGUGUCUGGCCCUCGUCGCUGGUCACCAUUGCGCUCAACACGGCCUUCCAUGGCGAGGGCAACCCCGAGGCCCUGGGUCCCUUUGGCAGGAUCUGGCGAGCGUCACGCAUCAAGUUCUUCGCCAUCGCCUUCGCCCUCAUGUUCGCCUACUUCUGGCUCCCCAACGUCCUCUUCAGCGCGCUCAGCAUCUUUAGCUGGAUGACCUGGAUCGCCCCCAAGAACGUCGACCUCAACAUCAUCACCGGGAGCCAGCAGGGUCUCGGCUUGAACCCCUUCCCGACCUUUGACUGGAACCGCUUCGUCUUCUGGGUCGACCCCCUGAUGGUCCCCUUCUUCACCACCCUGAACAUGUUCAUCGGCGCGUUCGUCUCCUUCUUCAUCAUUCUCGCCCUGUACUACGGCAACGCCUUCAACAUGGCCUACCUCCCCAUCAACGUUAACCUGCCGUACGACAACACAGGCAUGCCCUACAACGUCACGCGCAUCCUCGACGCCAGGGGCAUCAUUAGCGAGGAAGCCUACCAGGCCUACUCCAUCCCCCACAUCACCGCGGGCAGUAUGAUGACCUACCUCGCCUUCUUUGCCGUCUACAGCGCGACAGUCGUCUACGGCAUCCUAUACCACCGCCACGAGAUGGCCAUGGGCUUCAAAGACCUCUACAACAGCUUCCUCCCGUCCAAAAAGGGCAUCGUCGAAAAGGGCCGCGUGCUCGACGUGCACAACCGCCUGAUGAAGUCCUACCGGGAGGUGCCCGAGUGGUGGUACCUCAUCGUCCUGCUCCUCUCCACCGUCUUUGGCUGCGUCGCCAUCGGCUGCUGGGAGACCAACACCUCCGUCGGCACCGUCUUCUUCGGCAUCGCACUGGCCCUGAUCUUUGUCGUGCCCAUCGGCAUCAUCUACGCCAUGACCGGCGUCGAGGUCUCCCUCAACGUCCUCGCCGAGUUCAUCGGCGGCUCCUGGGUCGAGGGCAACGCCCUCGCUAUGUGCUUCUUCAAGGCCUACGGCUACAUCACCUGCAGCCACGCCCUCCACUUCUCCAACGACCUCAAGCUCGCGCACUACCUCAAGAUCCCGCCGCGCAUGACCUUUUGCGCCCAGAUCGUCCCCACCCUCGUCUCGACCUUUGUCUGCGUCGCCAUCCUGCAGUAUCAGAUCCACCUGCCCAACAUCUGCACGCCCGACGCCCCCUUCCGCUUCACCUGCCCCAGCGUCAACUCCUUCUUCACCUCCGCCGUCCUCUGGGGCACCGUCGGACCCAAGAAGCUCUGGGGCGUCGGCGGCCUGUACAGCCCGACCCUCGUCGGCUUCCCCUUUGGCGCCGCCCUCGUCGUCGUUUGCUACCUCCUCGCGCGCAAGUGGCCCAAGAACAACGCCCUGCGCACGAUCCAUCCCGUCCUCCUCACCUACGGUGGCAUCCUCUGGGCUCCCUACAAUUUGACAUAUAUCUGGCCCGCCAUACCGGUCGCCGCCUUCUCGUGGCUCUACAUCAAGGGCCGCUACCUGUCUCUGUGGUCCAAGUACAAUUUUGUUCUCUCCGCCGCCUUCUCAGCUGGCAUUGCCAUCAGCGCCCUCAUCCAGUUCUUUAGCAUCUCCUUUAGCGACGUGGCCAUUGUCUGGUGGGGCAAUACAGUGAUUGCCCAAGGAUGCGAGGCCGAACCGGGCUUGUGUCGACACAAGACGGUGUUGCCAGAAAAGGGGUACUUUGGGGCGGACCCGGGCACCUUUAGCUGAUGGCUGACAUUUCCUUUUCACGAUGAUGAUCUCUUUGAAAUAGCGAGCAGUUGGAUUAUUUAAAUUAGCGAGCGAUUGGGUUGUUUUGAGAUACCCCAAUACGAUUUUUAUGACAUACAGCAUCUCUGCACUCUUCAUCGAGAUCUGUGCAGGUUAAUGCCCGGCGGUCAUGGGGCUCUCAUCUCAGAUAUGGAUGUUCUCAGGGGUCAUCCACUACAUAGAGGCUAACUGCU